AUGGGCGGCCUCAGGUGCUGCUCUACGGCGGGGGCGGUCAACUUAAGCUGUCUGUGAAUGCCACGGUGCACGACGGACAGUGGCACACCGUCUACGUGCGGAUUCACUCCAAGGGCGUGGUCGUGUCCGUGGACCUCUGCGGCCGCGACGACGGGUCCCCCUGCGUGGCGAAAGCGACGUGGGGCGUCCCCGCUGAGACGCAGCCCUGGUUCGGCUCCAGCCCCCUGCAGGUGGGCGGCCUGGCUCAUUCGCGCCCGCGCCCCGAGGAUCACGGAUGGGACGAGGCGCCGACGACUCGCCCGCUGGACGGCUGCAUCUCGCACCUGCGGGUCAAUAGUCAGCUCGUGGACCUGGGCGAGCCGCCCUACGCCAAGGGCAGUGUGGCCGGGUGUCGGGCGCAGGAGGCGGCGUGCGAGGGCGGCAGGGGCGCGUGCGGCUUUCGCGGGCGGUGCGUCGGCGGCCACGCGGAGCCCGAGUGCGAGUGCGACCCUGGGUGGACGGGCCUUCGGUGCGCCACGCCCACGGUGCCGGCCCUCUUCGGUUCGUCCUCCUACGUGAAGAUGGCGCUGACGGUGGCCGUGCCGACGCACGAGGUGCGAGUGCAGCUGCGCGUGAGGACGCGCGACCUGAGAGACGGCCCGCUGCUCCAGCUCUCCUCGCGGCACCACCUGGCGACGCUCUCCCUCCACCUGCGGGCCGGCAUGGCGUGCGCGUCCCUGGGUGGAGGCAGCCGCUCGCCGCAGUCGGUGUGCGUAGAGGGGCGCCCCAUCGACGACGGCGCGUGGCACACCGUGCGGGCAGAGCGUCACGGACACAACCUGCUGGUGAGCGUGGACGACGGCGACGGCUGGAGGAGGAACGAGUCGCUGGUGACCCUGGAGGAGGGGGCCGUGGGACGCGGCUGGGACCCUCCCGUCACGUCCCCCUCGACGGACCGCGAGGACAUCACGGUGGGCGCCGCAGCAGAGGCGGCGGACGGCGGCGUCGACUCUUCUGACGCGGAAAAACACACCUGCAUUGACGACGUGAGAGUGGCUGGCCGCCCACUCCCGCUGCCUCCGGCCGUAAACGUGACAUCGUGGGCGAGAGUGACAGCCGUGCACCAGCUGGAGGUCGGGUGCCCAGCUGCCGAUGCUUGCGCCAACACCACCAGCUGCCCGACCCCCCUCUCCUGCUUCUCCAGCUGGGGGCGGGCCUCGUGCAGUUGUGGCCCGGGCCGACAGCUGGUGGGCCGCACGUGCCAGGAUGUGGACGAGUGCGCGUGGCGGCCCUGCUUGCACGGAGGCUCCUGCCAGAACCUGCGGCCCGGCUUCCUGUGCGUGUGCGGCCCGGGCCACGCGGGCGACUACUGCCAGUGGGCCAAGGUGGAUUCCGCAGCCUACCCUCUCACGGGGCCAGUGGCCAUCGUGGCCCUCACUCUGUCUGUGAUCUUUGUGGUGGUGGUGGGCGUCGUGUUCUCCGUGAAGCUCCACCGCCACUGGCACAGCGGCGGCGUGAGGGCGGGGAGCGGUAGCGGUAGCGGCGGCAGCGGCGGAGGCGGUGGGGGCGGCGGGGUGUGUAGCGGCGAAGGAGGAGGGACAGAAAAAGGUGCUGACGAAGGGGGGACGUUCCUGGAGGAGAAGGGAGACCCAGAGGACGCCAGAAGAAGGAAUCGACACCGCUUUCUGGGACGUCUGAGCCACAUGGUGCCCGCGUUGAGGACGCCCAAGGGAGGUCCGACGCCCAUCCCGACGAAGGAAGACGCCACAAUCCCCGACAAACUCGCCCGCACGAGCCUCCCGGAGCCCGAGGAUUCGCCCACCCCAGCGCCCGCGGCUCCGCCAUCCGGGACUUCGCUGCCUCCAGGAUCCGAAACCCCUCUGGCGCCUCUUCCGCCGGACUCGAUCCUCUCCAAGGACGAUCUGCGCGCCUAUGCCUACGAGGGGGAUGGCUCGUCCUCGGUCUCCGCGCUCUCCGUCAUAUCAGGCCUGCGGGCGGAGCAGACGGAGGAGGGCGGCAUCAGGCCCCUGGUGCCGGGCUUCCUCGACGUCCUGGACCUCCUGCGGCACCUCCCCGACGGCCCGAGGUCCCCCCCACUCCACGGUGCCAGAACCAAGUGCCAAGGGAGCCCAUCGGCCGGUGCCAGUGCCAGCGCGUCCCCCGCUCGCUCUACGGGCCUCCCCCCUCCUCCGGCCUCCCCGCCUCCCUCUGCCGGAGUCGCUGACGAAGGGGAAUCGUCUCCCGCGCCCUACGGUGUUUCGUCUUCCUCGCCCCGACCCUCCGCUGCUGCCCCCCCAGGCUGCCCCUCCCCCAGAUGCCCCCCCAGCCUCGCCGCCUGCCCCGCCGUCAAGCCCAGCACCUCCACGCCCUCCCUCGCCGCCCCCUGCCCCCCCGCGCCCACGCCCCACAGCGCCUCCCUGAGCUCCCUCGCCGCCGGCAGAGCGCCCUCGGGAGCGCCGGCGGAGCUGGAGCAGCUCACGAUGUGCUGA